GCAGGAGAGGCAACAACUGCGACCACCACGGUCCUUGCCCAAACAACUUCCUCUGCUCCGGGGACAAGACCAGCUUCUGCCACCACUGCUGCUGUUUCACUGAGCUCUACUCUGGAGAUCUCUUCCCCAGCUUUCACCACAACUACACCCACCGGCAGCACAGUUCUUGAGACAACCUCCCAUGGUGCUGGUCUGGCCACAAUGCUCAUUGAGUCCACCACAGCGUCCACCACCACAAAUUCAGAAGGCACCACCUCGGUCUCGCAGUCCACAUCCCGGGCUGAGUCUACGGCUUCAGUCUCUUCAGCUCGGCCACAAACGUCUCCACUUGUGACAACCUCCACAGUCCCGUCGACCACAGGACAACGCUCCAGCCUCAAGACUUCAGCCACCUCUCCAGUCCAAUCCAGCCCUGCUGGAACAUCCCCUGUUGGCUAUGUAUCCAUCCCAGUGACAGAGAUUGGAGCUACGACCCCCACUGGCUUUGCACAAACUCUGUCCUCUGCUCCUGGGACAAGAACCACUUCUGCUCUUCCUCUGACCUCUACUCUGGAGAUCUCUUCCCCAGCUUUCACCACAACUACACCCACUGGCAGCACAGUUCUUGAGACAGCCUCCCCAGGUGCUGGUCUGGCCACAUCACUUGUUAAGUCAACCACAGCAUCCACCACCACAAUUCUGGAAGGCACCACCUCGGUCUCGCAGUCCACAUCCCAGGCUGAGUCUACGGCUUCAGUCUCUUCAGCUCGGCCACAAACGUCUCCACUUGUGACAACAUCCACAAUACUGUUGACGACAGUAGAAAGCUCCAGCCUCAAGACUUCAGCCACCACUCCAGUCCAAUCCGGCCUGGCUGAGACAUCCACUCCUGAGCAGGUCACUGCAGAAGGGGCAGAAACAACAACGGCCUCCGUGGUGCGUGCACAAACAUCAGCCGCUGCUCCGGGGACAAGCCCAACUUCUGCCACCACCCCUUCUCUUCCAACGAGCUCUACUCUGGAGACCAGCUCACCAGCUCUCACCACAACUACAAGAACCACCACACCGUUGGAGACAACCUCUACUGCUGCUGCUACUAUGUCAACUUUGACCACUAAGCCCAGCACUGUUCCCACCUCCUUGGCAACUGAAUUCUCCACCUCGAGUGCACAGGCCACAUUGCCUCCCGAGACUACGGCUCCAGCCGCUUCCACUAGAGCAGACACGUCUCCAUUGGAGACAACCUCCACAGUCCUCUCGACAGCGGAACAAAGCACCAAACCAAAGACUCCUGCCACCACAACAAUGCAGUCCAGCCCGGCUGAGAGUUCCGUGCCUCAGCAGGUCACCACUGCAGCAGGAGAGGCAACAACUGCGACCACCACGGUCCUUGCCCAAACAACUUCCUCUGCUCCGGGGACAAGACCAGCUUCUGCCACCACUGCUGCUGUUUCACUGAGCUCUACUCUGGAGAUCUCUUCCCCAGCUUUCACCACAACUACAACCACCAGCAGCACAGUUCUUGAGACAGCCUCCCAUGGUGCUGGUCUGGCCACAAUGCUCAUUGCGUCCACCACAGCGUCCACCACCACAAAUCCAGAAGGCACCACCUCGGUCUCACAGUCGACAUCCCAGGCUGAGUCUACGGCUUCAGUCUCUUCUGCUCGGCCACAAACGUCUCCACUUGUGACAACAUCCACAAUACUGUCGACGACAGUAGAAAGCUCCAGCCUCAAGACUUCAGCCACCACUCCAGUCCAAUCCGGCCUGGCUGAGACAUCCACUCCUGAGCAGGCCACUACCGAAGGGGCAGAAACAACAACGGCCUCCGUGGUGCGUGCACAAACAUCAGCCGCUGCUCCGGGGACAAGCCCAACUUCUGCCACCACCCCUUCUCUUCCAACGAGCUCUACUCUGGAGACCAGCUCACCAGCUCUCACCACAACUACAAGAACCACCACACCGUUGGAGACAACCUCUACUGCUGCUGCUACUAUGUCAACUUUGACCACUAAGCCCAGCACUGUUCCCACCUCCUUGGCAACUGAAUUCUCCACCUCGAGUGCACAGGCCACAUUGCCUCCCGAGACUACGGCUCCAGCCGCUUCCACUAGAGCAGACACGUCUCCAUUGGAGACAACCUCCACAGUCCUCUCGACAGCGGAACAAAGCACCAAACCAAAGACUCCUGCCACCACAACAAUGCAGUCCAGCCCGGCUGAGAGUUCCGUGCCUCAGCAGGUCACCACUGCAGCAGGAGAGGCAACAACUGCGACCACCACGGUCCUUGCCCAAACAACUUCCUCUGCUCCGGGGACAAGACCAGCUUCUGCCACCACUGCUGCUGUUUCACUGAGCUCUACUCUGGAGAUCUCUUCCCCAGCUUUCACCACAACUACAACCACCGGCAGCACAGUUCUUGACACAACCUCCCAUGGUGCUGGUCUGGCCACAAUGCUCAUUGAGUCCACCACAGCGUCCACCACCACGGUCUGGCAGUCCACAUCCCAGGCUGAGUCUACGGCUUCAGUCUCUUCAGCUCGGCCACAAACGUCUCCACUUGUGACAACCUCCACAGUCCCUUCGACCACAGGACAACGCUCCAGCCUCAAGACUUCAGCCACCUCUCCAGUCCAGUCCAGCCCUGCUGGAACAUCCCCUGUUGGCUAUGUAUCCAUCCCAGUGACAGAGAUUGGAGCUACGACCCCCACUGGCUUUGCACAAACUCUGUCUUCUGCUCCUGGGACAAGAACAACUUUUGCUCUUCCUCUGAGCUCUACUCUGGAGAUCUCUUCCCCAGCUUUCACCACAACUACACCCACCGGCAGCACAGUUCUUGAGACAGCCUCCCCAGGUGCUGGUCUGGCCACAUCACUUGUUAAGUCAACCACAGCAUCCACCACCACAAUUCUGGAAGGCACCACCUCGGUCUCGCAGUCCACAUCCCAGGCUGAGUCUACGGCUUCAGUCUCUUCAGCUCGGCCAGAAACGUCUCCACUUGUGACAACAUCCACAAUACUGUCGACGACUGUAGAAAGCUCCAGCCUCAAGACUUCAGCCACCACUCCAGUCCAAUCCAGCCCUGCUGGAACAUCCCCUGUUGGCUAUGUAUCCAUCCCAGUGACAGAGAUUGGAGCUACGACCCCCACUGGCUUUGCACAAACUCUGUCUUCUGCUCCUGGGACAAGAACAACUUCUGCUCUUCCUCUGAGCUCUACUCUGGAGAUCUCUUCCCCAGCUUUCACCACAACUACACCCACCGGCAGCACAGUUCUUGAGACAGCCUCCCCAGGUGCUGGUCUGGCCACAUCACUUGUUAAGUCAACCACAGCAUCCACCACCACAAUUCUGGAAGGCACCACCUCGGUCUCGCAGUCCACAUCCCAGGCUGAGUCUACGGCUUCAGUCUCUUCAGCUCUGCCAGAAACGUCUCCACUUGUGACAACAUCCACAAUACUGUCGACGACAGUAGAAAGCUCCAGCCUCAAGACUUCAGCCACCACUCCAGUCCAAUCCGGCCUGGCUGAGACAUCCACUCCUGAGCAGGCCACUACCGAAGGGGCAGAAACAACAACGGCCUCCGUGGUGCGUGCACAAACAUCAGCCGCUGCUCCGGGGACAAGCCCAACUUCUGCCACCACCCCUUCUCUUCCAACGAGCUCUACUCUGGAGACCAGCUCACCAGCUCUCACCACAACUACAAGAACCACCACACCGUUGGAGACAACCUCUACUGCUGCUGCUACGUCAACUUUGACCACUAAGCCCAGCACUGUUCCCACCUCCUUGGCAACAGAAUUCUCCACCUCGAGUGCACAGGCCACAUUGCCUCCCGAGACUACGGCUCCAGCCGCUUCCACUAGAGCAGACACGUCUCCAUUGGAGACAACCUCCACAGUCCUCUCGACAGCGGAACAAAGCACCAAACCAAAGACUCCUGCCACCACAACAAUGCAGUCCAGCCCGGCUGAGAGUUCCGUGCCUCAGCAGGUCACCACUGCAGCAGGAGAGGCAACAACUGCGACCACCAUGGUCCUUGCCCAAACAACUUCCUCUGCUCCGGGGACAAGACCAGCUUCUGCCACCACUGCUGCUGUUUCACUGAGCUCUACUCUGGAGAUCUCUUCCCCAGCUUUCACCACAACUACAACCACCGGCAGCACAGUUCUUGACACAACCUCCCAUGGUGCUGGUCUGGCCACAAUGCUCAUUGAGUCCACCACAGCGUCCACCACCACGGUCUGGCAGUCCACAUCCCAGGCUGAGUCUACGGCUUCAGUCUCUUCAGCUCGGCCACAAACGUCUCCACUUGUGACAACCUCCACAGUCCCUUCGACCACAGGACAACGCUCCAGCCUCAAGACUUCAGCCACCUCUCCAGUCCAGUCCAGCCCUGCUGGAACAUCCCCUGUUGGCUAUGUAUCCAUCCCAGUGACAGAGAUUGGAGCUACGACCCCCACUGGCUUUGCACAAACUCUGUCUUCUGCUCCUGGGACAAGAACAACUUCUGCUCUUCCUCUGAGCUCUACUCUGGAGAUCUCUUCCCCAGCUUUCACCACAACUACACCCACCGGCAGCACAGUUCUUGAGACAGCCUCCCCAGGUGCUGGUCUGGCCACAUCACUUGUUAAGUCAACCACAGCAUCCACCACCACAAUGCUGAAAGGCACCACCUCGGUCUCGCAGUCCACAUCCCAGGCUGAGUCUACGGCUUCAGUCUCUUCAGCUCUGCCAGAAACGUCUCCACUUGUGACAACAUCCACAAUACUGUCGACGACAGUAGAAAGCUCCAGCCUCAAGACUUCAGCCACCACUCCAGUCCAAUCCGGCCUGGCUGAGACAUCCACUCCUGAGCAGGCCACUACCGAAGGGGCAGAAACAACAACGGCCAACGUGGUGCGUGCACAAACAUCAGCCGCUGCUCCGGGGACAAGCCCAACUUCUGCCACCACCCCUUCUCUUCCAACGAGCUCUACUCUGGAGACCAGCUCACCAGCUCUCACCACAACUACAAGAACCACCACACCGUUGGAGACAACCUCUACUGCUGCUGCUACUAUGUCAACUUUGACCACUAAGCCCAGCACUGUUCCCACCUCCUUGGCAACAGAAUUCUCCACCUCGAGUGCACAGGCCACAUUGCCUCCCGAGACUACGGCUCCAGCCGCUUCCACUAGAGCAGACACGUCUCCAUUGGAGACAACCUCCACAGUCCUCUCGACAGCGGAACAAAGCACCAAACCAAAGACUCCUGCCACCACAACAAUGCAGUCCAGCCCGGCUGAGAGUUCCGUGCCUCAGCAGGUCACCACUGCAGCAGGAGAGGCAACAACUGCGACCACCACGGUCCUUGCCCAAACAACUUCCUCUGCUCCGGGGACAAGACCAGCUUCUGCCACCACUGCUGCUGUUUCACUGAGCUCUACUCUGGAGAUCUCUUCCCCAGCUUUCACCACAACUACAACCACCAGCAGCACAGUUCUUGAGACAGCCUCCCAUGGUGCUGGUCUGGCCACAAUGCUCAUUGCGUCCACCACAGCGUCCACCACCACAAAUCCAGAAGGCACCACCUCGGUCUCACAGUCCACAUCCCAGGCUGAGUCUACGGCUUCAGUCUCUUCUGCUCGGCCACAAACGUCUCCACUUGUGACAACAUCCACAAUACUGUCGACGACAGUAGAAAGCUCCAGCCUCAAGACUUCAGCCACCACUCCAGUCCAAUCCGGCCUGGCUGAGACAUCCACUCCUGAGCAGGCCACUACCGAAGGGGCAGAAACAACAACGGCCUCCGUGGUGCGUGCACAAACAUCAGCCGCUGCUCCGGGGACAAGCCCAACUUCUGCCACCACCCCUUCUCUUCCAACGAGCUCUACUCUGGAGACCAGCUCACCAGCUCUCACCACAACUACAAGAACCACCACACCGUUGGAGACAACCUCUACUGCUGCUGCUACGUCAACUUUGACCACUAAGCCCAGCACUGUUCCCACCUCCUUGGCAACAGAAUUCUCCACCUCGAGUGCACAGGCCACAUUGCCUCCCGAGACUACGGCUCCAGCCGCUUCCACUAGAGCAGACACGUCUCCAUUGGAGACAACCUCCACAGUCCUCUCGACAGCGGAACAAAGCACCAAACCAAAGACUCCUGCCACCACAACAAUGCAGUCCAGCCCGGCUGAGAGUUCCGUGCCUCAGCAGGUCACCACUGCAGCAGGAGAGGCAACAACUGCGACCACCAUGGUCCUUGCCCAAACAACUUCCUCUGCUCCGGGGACAAGACCAGCUUCUGCCACCACUGCUGCUGUUUCACUGAGCUCUACUCUGGAGAUCUCUUCCCCAGCUUUCACCACAACUACAACCACCGGCAGCACAGUUCUUGACACAACCUCCCAUGGUGCUGGUCUGGCCACAAUGCUCAUUGAGUCCACCACAGCGUCCACCACCACGGUCUGGCAGUCCACAUCCCAGGCUGAGUCUACGGCUUCAGUCUCUUCAGCUCGGCCACAAACGUCUCCACUUGUGACAACCUCCACAGUCCCUUCGACCACAGGACAACGCUCCAGCCUCAAGACUUCAGCCACCUCUCCAGUCCAGUCCAGCCCUGCUGGAACAUCCCCUGUUGGCUAUGUAUCCAUCCCAGUGACAGAGAUUGGAGCUACGACCCCCACUGGCUUUGCACAAACUCUGUCUUCUGCUCCUGGGACAAGAACAACUUCUGCUCUUCCUCUGAGCUCUACUCUGGAGAUCUCUUCCCCAGCUUUCACCACAACUACACCCACCGGCAGCACAGUUCUUGAGACAGCCUCCCCAGGUGCUGGUCUGGCCACAUCACUUGUUAAGUCAACCACAGCAUCCACCACCACAAUGCUGAAAGGCACCACCUCGGUCUCGCAGUCCACAUCCCAGGCUGAGUCUACGGCUUCAGUCUCUUCAGCUCUGCCAGAAACGUCUCCACUUGUGACAACAUCCACAAUACUGUCGACGACAGUAGAAAGCUCCAGCCUCAAGACUUCAGCCACCACUCCAGUCCAAUCCGGCCUGGCUGAGACAUCCACUCCUGAGCAGGCCACUACCGAAGGGGCAGAAACAACAACGGCCUCCGUGGUGCGUGCACAAACAUCAGCCGCUGCUCCGGGGACAAGCCCAACUUCUGCCACCACCCCUUCUCUUCCAACGAGCUCUACUCUGGAGACCAGCUCACCAGCUCUCACCACAACUACAAGAACCACCACACCGUUGGAGACAACCUCUACUGCUGCUGCUACGUCAACUUUGACCACUAAGCCCAGCACUGUUCCCACCUCCUUGGCAACAGAAUUCUCCACCUCGAGUGCACAGGCCACAUUGCCUCCCGAGACUACGGCUCCAGCCGCUUCCACUAGAGCAGACACGUCUCCAUUGGAGACAACCUCCACAGUCCUCUCGACAGCGGAACAAAGCACCAAACCAAAGACUCCUGCCACCACAACAAUGCAGUCCAGCCCGGCUGAGAGUUCCGUGCCUCAGCAGGUCACCACUGCAGCAGGAGAGGCAACAACUGCGACCACCACGGUCCUUGCCCAAACAACUUCCUCUGCUCCGGGGACAAGACCAGCUUCUGCCACCACUGCUGCUGUUUCACUGAGCUCUACUCUGGAGAUCUCUUCCCCAGCUUUCACCACAACUACAACCACCGGCAGCACAGUUCUUGACACAACCUCCCAUGGUGCUGGUCUGGCCACAAUGCUCAUUGAGUCCACCACAGCGUCCACCACCACAAAUCCAGAAGGCACCACCUCGGCUGUACAGACCAGGGCUGAGACUGUGUUCACGGGUUCAGUCUCUUCAGCUCGGCCAGAGACCUCUCUUCUUGUGACAAGCUCUAAGCUACUUCCUUCCAGAGCAGAAAGUUUGAGUACAUCUCCUGCAGAGAUGACUUCCCAUGUACUUUUUUCUACUUUCGGUCCAUUUACUUCACAGACCUCUCAACCUUCUUCUCUUGGUCUCACCAGCACAAUGCAUUUGGAAACAACAGCAUUUCCUCCUACUAGUCUUGGCGUCAAACCUGCUCCCACCCAGCCACCAACAAGGACAGCUGCUGCCCUGGAGCGUUUCACCGUCAACUUCACCAUCACCAACCUCCCCUACACUUCUGACCUGGAGAAUCCGGACUCGGCCAAGUUCAGAGCUACACAAAGGGUUAUGAACACCCUGCUGGACCGCCUGUUGAAGGAAAGCAGUAUUGGCCCUGUAUUCCAAGGAUGUGAGACAAAAGGCUUCAGGCCGGGCAGUCACAGGGACGAGACCCGGGUGGACGCCGUGUGCACCUACAGCAAGGAGGCCUCGGCUGCGCCUUUGGACAGGGUGGGGCUGUACCACCAAGUGAGCAACAAGACCAGAGGCAUCAGCCAGCUGGGCCCCUACAGCCUGGACAAGGACAGCCUCUACGUCAACGGCUACAACGAGCAGCCAGUGCUGACCACUCCCACCCAGCCACCAACAACGACAGCUGCUGCCCUGGAGCGUUUCACCGUCAACUUCACCAUCACCAACCUCCCCUACACUUCUGACCUGGAGAAUCCUGACUCGGCCAAGUUCAGAGCUACACAAAGGGUUAUGAACACCCUGCUGGACCGCCUGCUGAAGGAAAGCAGCAUUGGCCCUGUUUUCCAAGGAUGUGAAACAACAGGCUUCAGGCCGGGCAGUCACAGGGACGAGACCCGGGUGGAUGCCGUGUGCACCUACAGCAAGGAGGCCUCGGCUGCGCCUUUGGACAGGGUGGGGCUGUACCACCAAGUGAGCAACAAGACCAGAGGCAUCAGCCAGCUGGGCCCCUACAGCCUGGACAAGGACAGCCUCUACGUCAACGGCUACAACGAGCAGCCUGUGCUGACCACUCCCACCCAGCCACCAACAACGACAGCUGCUGCCCUGGAGCGUUUCACCGUCAACUUCACCAUCACCAACCUCCCCUACACUUCUGACCUGGAGAAUCCUGACUCGGCCAAGUUCAGAGCUACACAAAGGGUUAUGAACACCCUGCUGGACCGCCUGUUGAAGGAAAGCAGUAUUGGCCCUGUAUUCCAAGGAUGUGAGACAAAAGGCUUCAGGCCGGGCAGUCACAGGGACGAGACCCGGGUGGACGCCGUGUGCACCUACAGCAAGGAGGCCUCGGCUGCGCCUUUGGACAGGGUGGGGCUGUACCACCAAGUGAGCAACAAGACCAGAGGCAACAGCCAGCUGGGCCCCUACAGCCUGGACAAGGACAGCCUCUACGUAAACGGCUACAACGAGCAGCCAGUGCUGACCACUCCCACCCAGCCACCAACAACGACACCUACUGCCCUGGAGCGUUUCACCGUCAACUUCACCAUCACCAACCUCCCCUACACUUCUGACCUGGAGAAUCCUGACUCAGCCAAGUUCAGAGCUACACAAAGGGUUAUGAACACCCUGCUGGACCGCCUGCUGAAGGAAAGCAGCAUUGGCCCUGUUUUCCAAGGAUGUGAAACAACAGGCUUCAGGCCGGGCAGUCACAGGGACGAGACCCGGGUGGACGCCGUGUGCACCUACAGCAAGGAGGCCUCGGCUGCGCCUUUGGACAGGGUGGGGCUGUACCACCAAGUGAGCAACAAGACCAGAGGCAUCAGCCAGCUGGGCCCCUACAGCCUGGACAGGGACAGCCUCUACGUCAACGGCUACAACGAGCAGCCUGUGCUGACCACUCCCACCCAGCCACCAACAACGACAGCUGCUGCCCUGGAGCGUUUCACCGUCAACUUCACCAUCACCAACCUCCCCUACACUUCUGACCUGGAGAAUCCUGACUCGGCCAAGUUCAGAGCUACACAAAGGGUUAUGAACACCCUGCUGGACCGCCUGUUGAAGGAAAGCAGCAUUGGCCCUGUUUUCCAAGGAUGUGAAACAACAGGCUUCAGGCCGGGCAGUCACAGGGACGAGACCCGGGUGGACGCCGUGUGCACCUACAGCAAGGAGGCCUCGGCUGCGCCUUUGGACAGGGUGGGGCUGUACCACCAAGUGAGCAACAAGACCAGAGGCAUCAGCCAGCUGGGCCCCUACAGCCUGGACAAGGACAGCCUCUACGUCAACGGCUACAACGAGCAGCCAGUGCUGACCACUCCCACCCAGCCACCAACAACGACAGCUGCUGCCCUGGAGCGUUUCACCGUCAACUUCACCAUCACCAACCUCCCCUACACUUCUGACCUGGAGAAUCCUGACUCGGCCAAGUUCAGAGCUACACAAAGGGUUAUGAACACCCUGCUGGACCGCCUGUUGAAGGAAAGCAGCAUUGGCCCUGUUUUCCAAGGAUGUGAAACAACAGGCUUCAGGCCGGGCAGUCACAGGGACGAGACCCGGGUGGACGCCGUGUGCACCUACAGCAAGGAGGCCUCGGCUGCGCCUUUGGACAGGGUGGGGCUGUACCACCAAGUGAGCAACAAGACCAGAGGCAUCAGCCAGCUGGGCCCCUACAGCCUGGACAAGGACAGCCUCUACGUCAACGGCUACAACGAGCAGCCAGUGCUGACCACUCCCACCCAGCCACCAACAACGACAGCUGCUGCCCUGGAGCGUUUCACCGUCAACUUCACCAUCACCAACCUCCCCUACACUUCUGACCUGGAGAAUCCUGACUCGGCCAAGUUCAGAGCUACACAAAGGGUUAUGAACACCCUGCUGGACCGCCUGCUGAAGGAAAGCAGCAUUGGCCCUGUUUUCCAAGGAUGUGAAACAACAGACUUCAGGCCGGGCAGUCACAGGGACGAGACCCGGGUGGACGCCAUGUGCACCUACAGCAAGGAGGCCUCGGCUGCGCCUUUGGACAGGGUGGGGCUGUACCACCAAGUGAGCAACAAGACCAGAGGCAUCAGCCAGCUGGGCCCCUACAGCCUGGACAAGGACAGCCUCUACGUCAACGGCUACAACGAGCAGCCAGUGCUGACCACUCCCUCCCACCCACCAACAACGACAGCUGCUGCCCUUGAGCAUUUCACCGUCAACUUCACCAUCACCAACCUCCCCUACACUUCUGACCUGGAGAAUCCUGACACAGCACGGUUCAGAGCUACUCGAAGGGUUAUGAACAUGAUGCUGGACCGCCUGUUGAAGGAAAGCAGCAUUGGCCCUGUUUUCCAAGGAUGUGAAACAACAGACUUCAGGCCGGGCAGUCACAGGGACGAGACCCGGGUGGACGCCGUGUGCACCUACAGCAAGGAGGCCUCGGCUGCGCCUUUGGACAGGGUGGGGCUGUACCACCAAGUGAGCAACAAGACCAGAGGCAUCAGCCAGCUGGGCCCCUACAGCCUGGACAAGGACAGCCUCUACGUCAACGGCUACAACGAGCAGCCAGUGCUGAUCACUCCCACCCAGUCACCAACAACGACAGCUGCUGCCCUGGAGCGUUUCACCGUCAACUUCACCAUCACCAACCUCCCCUACACUUCGGACCUGGAGAAUCCUGACACAGCACGGUUCAGAGCUACUCGAAGGGUUAUGAACAUGAUGCUGGACCGCCUGUUGAAGGAAAGCAGCAUUGGCCCUGUUUUCCAAGGAUGUGAAACAACAGACUUCAGGCCGGGCAGUCACAGGGACGAGACCCGGGUGGACGCCGUGUGCACCUACAGCAAGGAGGCCUCGGCUGCGCCUUUGGACAGGGUGGGGCUGUACCACCAAGUGAGCAACAAGACCAGAGGCAUCAGCCAGCUGGGCCCCUACAGCCUGGACAAGGACAGCCUCUACAUCAACGGCUACAACGAGCAGCCAGUGCUGACCACUCCCACCCAUCCAACACCAACGACAGGGGCUGCUCCUGAGCGUUUCACCAUCAACUUCACCAUCACCAACCUCCCCUACACUUCUGACCUGGAGAAUCCUGACUCGGCCAAGUUCAGAGCUACACGAAGGGUUAUGAACACCCUGUUGGACCGCCUGUUGAAGCAAAGCAGCAUUGGCCCUGUUUUCCAAGGAUGUGAAACAACAGACUUGAGGCCGGGCAGUCACAGGGACGAGACCCGGGUGGACGCCGUGUGCACCUACAGCAAGGAGGCCUCGGCUGCGCCUUUGGACAGGGUGGGGCUGUACCACCAAGUGAGCAACAAGACCAGAGGCAUCAGCCAGCUGGGCCCCUACAGCCUGGACAAGGAUAGCCUCUACGUCAAUGGUCACCAUGAAGUGCAGCCUGAGCUAUCUGCUGAUCAAAGCACCCAACCUCUGGCACCAGCAGUAAAGAACUUUACCCUGAACUUCACGAUAACCAACCUCCAGUUUACUGCAGACCUGCAGAAACCCAGUUCCAGGAGAUUCAAGUCAACAGAAAAAGUCAUGUACCACUAUGUUGAUCCUUUACUCCAAAGGAGCAGCAUUGGCCCAGCUUACAUUGGCUGCAAAGUAAUGGCAUUCAGGUCCACGAAGAACAGGGAUGACACAGGAGUAGAUGCCAUGUGUAGCUGUAGGGAUGAGCCUUCAGAUCCCAAAUUCAACAGCACAACUGUUUACCGUGAGCUGAGCAAAAUGACCAAUGGCAUCACCAAGCUGGGACACUACAGCCUCAACAGCCAGAGCCUCUAUGUCAAUGGUUACAAUGAACCUCCUUACAGUCCACCCUCAGUAAAAUCAGCCACCACACAAAGCCCAGGAGCAACCACAGAGCACUUCACCCUGAACUUCACCAUAACCAACCUCAUGUUCACCACAGACCUGCAGACACCAAAUUCCCGCAAAUUCCGGUCCGCUGAGAAAAUCAUGAAACGCUACACUGACUCCCUGCUUCAGAAGAGCAGCAUUGGCCCCCAUUUCACUGGCUGCAAAGUGACCGGAUUCAGGCCUGGGAAGAACAGGGAUAGCACAGGAGUGGACACUCUCUGCAGCUAUGGAAAGGGCUCCCGGGUGCCCAAGUUUAAUCCAGCUGAGGUUUAUCAAGAGCUGAAGAGAAUGACAAGUGGCGUCACCCAGCUGGGAAUCUACAGCCUGGACAACAAGAGCCUCUAUGUCAAUGGUUACAACGAACCCCUUGAGAGAUCCUCCCGGAGCCCCACAGCUGCACCAAAACCAACAUCCAGGAAUUUCACUCUUAACUUCACCUUGACCAACCUCCGCUACACUGCAGAUCUGGAUGCCCCAAAUUCCCGAAGAUUCCUUUCCACAGUGAAAGUGAUGAACCACUAUCUUGACCCUCUUUUCAAGAGAAGCAGCAUAAGCUCUGCCUACACAGGAUGUAAAGCCAUGAGAUUCAGGUCUGGAAGCCACAGAGAUGACACAAAAGUGGAUGCUGUGUGCAGCUACAAGGACAGUGCCAGCCUGGCCAGGUUUGACAGAGAAAAGCUUUACCAGGAGCUGAGCACCAUGACAAACAAUGUCACCAAACUGGGCCACUACAGCCUGGACAGGAGCAGCCUGUAUGUCGAUGAUUUCACCCUCACAGACACAGCUGCCGCCAAAAAACCUCUCCUGACUGCAGUCAAAGUGGGCUACAGACUGAGCUUUAGAAUAGUCAAUGAAAAUCUCACCAACCCUGACUCCCAGUCUCCAGAAUACAGAGCAGCAGUAGAAAGCAUCACCAAUAAGAUGAACCACUUGUACCGUCAGAGCGACCUGAGGGAGCAGUUCCUGACCUGCAGGAUCACCGGGCUGAGGCCUGGAUCCAUAGUGGUUGACUGCCAGUGCUUCUUCCAGCCCGACCCCAAAAUCAACAGGGCCGUGGUGGAAAGGACUUUCCAGGACAGGACCUCCAACAGCACUGGGCUGUGGCUGGGGAGCAGCUACCGACUGCAGGAAUUCUCAGUGGACACCUUGGAACUCUCAGUUGAGGCAGCAACUCACAAGACACCCCUGGAGUCUGGCAAAGAAAACUUUGGAAUAAAUUUCCGAAUCACCAACCUUCCCUACUCGCCUGAACUGCAGGACUCCAGCUCCCAGAUGUACCAAGAGAACAAAGAGAAGAUUGAGAAAGAGCUCGAGGUAUUCAGGAGCAGCCACCUGAAGGACCAAUUUGCUGGCUGCACUGUGGAGAGCUUUGGGCCUGUCCAUGGCAAAGGACACACAGAGGUUGCCUCAACCUGCAAGUUCACCCUGGAUCCCCUCUCAGGGACUUUACAAGAGCAGGAGGUGUUUGAGGAGCUGAAACUCCUGACCCAGGGCUUCACCAGGCUGGGCCCCAGCUACGAGCUGGAGGAGCAGAGUCUGGUGGUGGAAGGUUACUCUCCACUCAAGACAGAGGAACCAGAGUCCAAAAAAACUGAGCUUCAGUUCUGGGCCAUCAUCCUCAUCUGCCUUUUCACCCUGCUGGGCUUCGUCCUCCUCCUCUUGUUGUGCUUCCUGGUGCUCUCCUGCCUGAGGAGAAAGUCCCACCUGUACCAGGUGCAGCAGGGCCUGUAUGGGUUGUACUUCCCUCACCCGAGCCCCGGGAAGGUUCACUGACACCUCAGCUUGGUCUUCCCAGACCUUUUCGUCCACUGAUGAAGGAAAAAUAGCUAUAAAACCUAGAAAAUAUUUCUUUUAUAAAUUAUUUCAGCGUUUUCUCUUGCCUUGAGACAAAUCUUUGCACUAUUGCCAUGAUUCUUUUCAUACUCCAGGAAACUGCCAACAGUGCAGGUGCUGAGAAAAAUAUUUUUUUAAGCACUGCAGUGUUUUAUAGAAAUAUAAAUUUUAUAUAAAUAUUACACAACCAAAGGAAAAUAAAAACUACCAGGAGCUGCAGUUUGCAAAGCCCUUCAGUGUUAACGUCAGCUUUCUGAAAAUAAUUAUACUAAUUUAGAGAUUUUUUGGGGACUGACUGUUGUAGACUUAGCAACCCCACCUAGAUUUUAGCUUUUUCACCACUGAGCUUGAAAAAUGUAAAUACCUUAAGUUAAUUCAAAUAUUUAAUCUAUUUAUAAUUAUGACAUUAUGAUGUAAAGAGACCUUGUUAAAUCUGAGUGUGACACAGCCAGGCUGUGUUUUUUGAGAUUGCUGCCAAUUUCAGUUCAAUAAAUGCCACAUUUUA